AUGGAAUUACGCAACGCGAGUAUGCCCAAAAGGGCGAGGCCUCGGCCUCCGGACGGCGGAGGCGGACUUAGUUCUGAACAAUCUCAUCAUUCACCUAGACUGUAUCAUCAUAUCAUCUCAAAUGCUCAACUGCACGACUCUCUCACCAAGUUCUGGGAACUUGAAGAAGUUCCAGAGUCCUGCAACGAAACACUCACCGUCGAGGAAGCCGAGUGUGAAGCUCACUUCCUAUCAACUCAUUCUCGAGACACAUCAGGACGAUACAUCGUCCGUCUACCAUUCAAAUCAUCAUAUCAGAAGCGAGGUGAAUCUCGUCAUAUUGCGCAGCGCUGUCUCAACCGUCUCUUGAAGCGUCUUUCUCAAGACCCAGAACUUCAAGGUCAAUAUACUGCCUUUCUCAACGAGUAUGAAGCACUCGGACACAUGACCCGAGUCUCGGCAACAUCGCCUGAACCAUCUCAUGUAUAUUAUUUACCUCAUCAUUGCGUUGUUCGCGAAGACAGCGAAACUACCAAGUUGAGGGUCGUGUUCAAUGGUUCUAGUAAAACAUCAUCUGCCAGUUCUCUCAAUGAUCAUCUACAUAUCGGACCGAGCUUGCAAUCAAAGAUCUGUGAUGGACUAUCAGCGCAUUCUCUGGACAGAGAACGGUCUCACUGUGGCUUAUCAACUCGACACCGUCACAUAUGGCACUCGACCAGCACCAUAUCUUGCUGGCCGAGCUCUCAAACAACUUCUCAUCGACGAAGGGUCUCAAUAUCGACUAGCAGUGGAACCCUUUCAAAAGGCAGCUACGUCGACGACAUCGGCGGCGGUGCCGACAAUCUCAGCGAUCUCAACGACAUUGCAAAUAAUGUCGAGGCACUUUGCAACUUAGGUUGCUUUUCACUAGCUAAAUGGAAAAGCAAUCAUCCUCAGUUCAGCAAAAUCUCAUCAUCACUUAGUCCAGAAGAUUCUCAUUCAUUCUCAGACCACAUCUCAAAAAUCUUGGGUCUCUCAUGGAAUUGUCAAGAAGAUGUUCUCACGUUUACUGGCAAGACUUCUCAGACUCUCAGCAUCACCAAGCGCACCAUCACUUCAGAGGCUGCUCAAUUAUUUGAUCCUCUGGGUUUAAUCUCACCAGUAAUUGUCAAGGCAAAAAUCAUGAUACAGGACCUUUGGCUACAAAAAGACGACUGGGAUGAUGCACCCUCACCAGAGCUAGUUCACCGAUGGAAGACUUUCCGCGAUGAACUUUCUUAA